AUGCCGUACCCCUUCGUCCUCCCCACGACGUCGUCCUUCUCCUUCUCGUCGAGCUUCGUCUCCGAAUCACACCCCUCCUUACCCCUCCAAGCUAGCACCCACCGCGGUGUCGUCCGAGACACUCUCAAAAAGCACAAGCGGCUCCCAACGGCCUCACAAGGCUCAUCCCUCUCGACCGUCAGCUCGACCCUCCAAACCUACAUCCCCUACCUCCUCGCUCUCGAAGCCGGCCUCUCCAACACCAACAACGGUCAUCACAACCCCCCCCGUCCCGGCGAAAUCUCCGCCACGGCACGAACAACUCCCGAGAUCGAAUGGCGCCCCACACUCUCCAACAACCUCCUCCCCGGCCGCGAACCACCCCGCAUCAAAGUCCACUCCCUCUCCCACGAGCUCCUCUUCGUCCUCUCCACCCUCGCCAGCACCCACACUCUCCAAUCCCGCGUAGCCCUCCAACCCCUCUACCAAACCACCACCGCCCCCGUCGGCACCUCCCAGCGCCAAACAGCCAUCACCACCGCCACCCGCCACCUCCUCGACGCAGCCUCCAUCUACGACUACCUCACCGCCCGCAGCGAGUCCAUCCCAGACCCCAACAACCCGUCCCCACCACCCCGCUGUCCAUGCGCGGACAUCUCCCCGCCGGCACUCCGCGCGUUGCGCUCACUGGCCCUAGCCGAGGCGACGUUGCUGGCUGUUCUGAAAGAUGACCCUUACCCGGCGGCCGUGGCCCAGGCGCGGAACCCGCAUGAUACGGAGUGGAUGUAUAAGAGCCCCGAUCUGCCCAAGGUGCGGGCGCAUUUGUUUGCGCGGUUGUGUCUGGCUGCGUCGGAGCAUGCUGCGCAAGCGGCUGGGGCGCUGGUGUCUGCGUCGUCGUCGAUUGGGGUUGGUGGCAGUUCCUCGGGUUUGGGUCUUGGUGGUCUUGGUGGGGGGACUGGGUCGGGGAAGGUAGGGGAUGGUCUGUUGCGGUAUGUGGAGGAUUUGCGGCGGGCGAGCCGGGCGCGGGCGUGCCGGUUCUUCGGGAUUGAUGCUGAGUUGGGCGGGGAAACGGGGACGGGAAUUGCGUGGUUGCAGGCUGGGUUGGCGGAGUUGGGGGUGGAGAGGAAGGGGGAUGGUAGUGGUGGUAAUAAGAGCAGGAGUGGGCUGAAGGGGUUGAAGAAAGAGUGGAGUGAGAGGAGAGAGGAUAAGAAAGUUGAGAAAGGUGGUGGUUGGGGGGCGGAUGGGGGAAGGAUGGAGGAAACGAGGGUUUUGGAGAUGUUGGAGGCUAAGUGGAUGAAACAGAACGACACGAUGCUCACCCAACCCAUCCCAUCAACUGGCCCCCUCCUCGCGCAAAUGCCCUCGGGCCGCGAGAUCCAUUCCAUCAAGCCGUACCAACCCCCUGUGCUAGCUCCCGAGGUACUUGAGGCGAUGCGGGCACCACCGGACAGGUCGGAUGAGGCUGAGGGGGGGGACUACCCGAGCUCGGACGACGAAGGCCUGGGGGCAGUGAACAGCGCGAUACCCGGCGCUUUUCCAGGACGGACGUUGGAUAAUCGGGCCGGAACGGGAACGCCAGGAUAUUAUUAA